ACUGCAGCUACAAAAAAGCAAUCCUCCCAUAGAACCAGUUGUUGACUGCGCAGUUGAAAGAACAAGGCUUCAUUGUGAUCCUACAUCAUCAAAACAAACUGCUCUUGCUAUAAGAGAGCCUUCUCUUGCUAAUAUCCAAGAACACGCCUGCUAUGAAGUCAAUACAUUAUCGAGGUCUUCUGACAAAGGAAAAAAUAUAUUCCAGCCUUUUUGUGUAUUUGAAAAAGGCUCAACAUCCAACGCAUCUACGGGACAACAAAAUGUCACCCCUGAAAUUGUUACAAACAAAGGUUAGUAUUUACGUAAGAAUAAUUUUAUUCAUCAUUUUAAAGCAUAUCGGAAAAAUAUUGAAAAUCUAUCGACUUAUGCAUGCUUAAAAGAUGUUCCAAACUGCAAAUUUUGCAAUGCAAAAAAGUUUCAAUAUGAAUCAGUUGGAUUCUGUUGUAGCAAUGGGUCAGUUAAGUUAGUUUCAUACCAAUUGCCUAAUGACUUAUUAGAUCUGUAUACUGGAAAUAUUGUAGAAUCUAUGCACUUCCGAACGUACAUUAGAACAUAUAAUAAUAUGUUUGCGUUCACCUCACUUGGUGUAACCUAUGAUAAAGCUUUAGCGAGGAGAUACCAUGGUAUAUAUACAUUUCAAGUUCAGGGCCAAAUGUAUCAUGUUAUACCCGAUUUACUUCCUUCCGGUGAAAAAGCAAAGAAUCUGCAAUUGUACUUUUAUGAUAAUGAAAGUGAACUAGCUAACAGGAUGGCAUGUUCAACGCAUAUCAAUGAAUCAGUUAUCAAGAAACUUAUGAAUGUAAUCCCUAUUCCAUCUUCGUGAAAUCCUUGAUAAGCAUUCCAAAAAUAUCUGAUUUUUACAUCACACUUAAAUGUGAUUCAGGUUUAGAUCAACGUGUGUAUAAUCUACCAUCUGCAUCUGAGGUAGUUGGAAUAUGGGCUCAAUAUAAUUUUGCUGAUACUAUAUCAGCCCCACCAAAAUUUAAAGGCAGGUUCUACAAAGUGGUUGUGAGACCGACUUUGUUGUACAGGGCAGAAUACUGGGCAAUCAAGAGCUCUCACGUCCAAAAGAUAAAAGUUGCGGAAAUGAGAAUGUUGCGAUAGAUGUGUGGGCACACCAGACGAGAUAGGAUUAGAAAUGAAGAUAUCCGGGAUAAGGUUGGAGUAGCAUCAGUGGAGGACAAGAUGAGGAAAACGAGACUGAGAUGGUUUGGGCAUGUGAGGAGGAGAGGCAUAGAUGCCCCGGUGCGGAGGUGUGAGAGGUUAGCUAUGGAUGGUUUAAGAAGAGGUAGGGGUAGGUCGAAAAAAUAUUGGGGAGAGGUGCUGAGACAGGACAUGGCGCUGUUUCAACUUACCGAGGACAAGACCUUAGAUAGGAGGUUAUGGAGGACUCAGAUUAGGGUAAAAGCCUAGUAGGUAGUCGCUGUUUCGAUCUAUAGUCUAUCGUCCUUUGAUUCUUGCUACUAUAUGUUGUUUCUUGUAUUUCGAUUAUCUUAUUUAUCUGUGGUAGCUAUUGUUUUUUUUUUCCAGACUGCUCUAUCUUGGCUUAUUCGCUUUCUUUAGUUUCAUUUGCAUUCUGCUUUGAACUGCUUGUGCUUAUAUAACCUUUCUCAUUGUGUUUUCUCUUGAGCCGAGGGUCUUUCGGAAACAACCUCCCUAUCUUCCGAGAUAGGGGUAAUGUCUGCGUACACUUUACCCUCCCCAGACCUCACAUUGUGGGAUUUCACUAGGAGGGCCAAGAGAUAUGUGUCGCCGGUAUAUGGAUGCUAUCGCAUUAGUGCAACGUUUUGGAAAACAUGAUCUUUUUUUUACUAUGACAUGUAAUUCGUCUUGGCCAGAAAUAAAACGCCAUAUGUUAUCAACCGAUGAAACUCAAAAUAGACCUGAUUUAGUAUCGCGGGUAUUCAAAGCAAAGGUAGAAGAACUGAAAGCAGAUAUUUUGAAAAGCAAGAUAUUUGGGAAAGUUGCAGCUUUUAUGUACACUAUAGAAUUUCAAAAACGUGGUCUUUCGCAUAGUCAUUUUCUUAUUAUACUUGCCAAUGAAUACAAAUUAUUGACACCUGAAUUAUACGAUAAAUUUGUUUGUGCUGAGUUACAUGAUUCUAACGAACAGUACCUUUAUUCGUGUGUCCUUCAACAUAUGAUGCACGGUCCAUGCGGUGAUAUAAAUCCUACAAAUUCAUGUAUGGGGAAAAAGGGGGUUUUUAAAUUCCAAUAUCCAAAAGAGUUUGCUGAACAAACAUCAAAAGGUGCGAAUUCGUAUCCCGUUUAUAAGAGACGCAAUACAGGAAAAGCUGUAUAUAUGAGAAAACAUCUUAUGGAUAAUUCGUGGGUUGUCCCAUACAACCCAUAUUUGCUUUGUAAGUUUGAUUGUCAUAUGAAUGUUGAGGUCUGUUCAGAUAUUAAAGUUGUCAAAUACAUAUACAAAUAUAUUUGUAAAGGCCAUGAUAAAAUCGCAUUUUCUGUGCAUAACAACGCAGAAAUAGACGAAAUAAAAGAAUAUCGAUCGGCUAGAUGGGUUUCACCGCCGGAAGCGGCAUGGCGAUUAUUUGGUUUUCCUAUUAGUGAAAUGACUCCAAGUGUUUAUCAUCUUCAGUUGCAUUUAAAAGGACAACAAUUUGUUUCUUUUAAAAGUACUGAAAGCGUGCACGGAAUCUUAAAUAAUCCAAUGAUAAAAAAGACAAUGUUAGACUGAAUUUUUUGCUAUGAAUACCUUCAAGUUUGUUGGUGUCUGUCAGUUUGUUAGGUUGUUUACUAUUCUGGUUGUUUUGGUUUCUACAGAUAACACUCUAGUUAAUAAGAUCCCACUUUCCGAAAAAAAAAACAUACAAAGCAAUCCACUGAUUUGCAUUGUCAAAAAUGCAAUUCAAUUACAAAACUAGUUACUUCGAAAUGAAUAAAUUAUGAUACAUUUCAAUUUAACCAAACACACACAGUAAGCACUAUUACAUUUCAAUUUGUUAGGUUGUUUACUAUACUGGUUGUUUUGGUUUCUAAAGAAAACACUCUAGUAAAUAAGAUCCCUCUCUACCGAAAAAAAUCAUACAAAACAAUCCACCGAUUUGCAUUGAUAGGAAUGCAAUUCGAUUACAAAACUAGUUUCUUCGAAAUGAAUAAAUUAUGAUACAUUUCAAUUUAACCAAACACACACAGUAAGCACUAUUACAUUUCAAUUUGUUAGGUUGUUUACUAUACUGGUUGUUUUGGUUUCUACAGAUACUCUAGUUAGUAAGAUCCCUUUUUAUCGAAAAAAAUCAUACACAACAAUCCACUGAUCUGCAUUGUUAAAAAUGCAAUUCGAUUACAAAACUAGUUUCUUCGAAAUGAAUAAAUUAUGAUACAUUUCAAUUUAACCAAACACACACAGUAAGCACUAUUACAUUUCAAUUUGUUAGGUUAUUUACUAUACUGGUUGUUUUGGUUUCUACAGAUACUCUAGUUAGUAAGAUCCCUCUUUACCGAAAAAAAUCAUACACAACAAUCCACUGAUCUGCAUUGUUAAAAAUGCAAUUCGAUUACAAAAAUAGUUUCUUCGAAAUGAAUAAAUUAUGAUACAUUUCAGUUUAACCAAACACACAAAGUAAGCAAUAUUACAACUCUAACCAUCGAUCAAGCCUAAAAACUCAAACAAAGUAAACCUAUAGUCGAAUAUCCUCUUAUAUGCAUUUUAAUACACAAAAUAAUCCACUAAUUUGAAUUUUCAAAGAGAGUAUUCGAUUACCAAACUAGAAUAUUAGAAAUGAAUAAUUAUUGUACAUCUCAAUUUAACAUAACACACAAAAUAAGCAUUAUUACAACACGGAUUAAAUCUAAGAACAAAUCAGAGAGUAAACAUUUGACAGAAAGGAAAUAAAAAACCUAAUCUGUUCGAAUGAGGAAAAGGACGAAGGAAAACAAAAUCGGAUCUAGAUCUACACUGAGUAAAACGGCAAGAACAAUAUAUUGAGCGAAAUCAUAAGAAACAAUAUGUGCAAACAUAAUGUGGAAAUGAAGGAAGAAAAAAAAUCAGAUCUAGAACUACACUAAUCGACAAACAGGAAAAUAACAAGAACAAUAUAUUGAGCAAACUCAUAAGAAACAAUAAAUGGAAACAAAACGUGGAAUUGGAGGAAGAAACAAAACCAGAUCUAGAACUACACUAUUCAAUAAAGAGGGAAAUAACAAGAAAAAUACAUUGAGCAAAAUCAUAAGAAACAAUAAAUGGAAACAAAAUGUGGAAAUGGAAGAAACAAAACCAGAUCUAGAACUACAUUAUUCGAUAAAGAGGGAAAUAACAAGAAAAAUACAUUGAGCAAAAUCAUAAGAAACAAUAAAUGGAAACAAAAUGUGGAAAUGGAAGAAACAAAACAAGAUCUAGAACUACACUAUUCGAUAAAGAGGGAAAUAACAAGAAAAAUAUAUUAAGCAAAAUCAUAAGAAACAAUAAAUGGAAACAAAAUGUGGAAAUGAAGGAAGAACAAAACCUGAUUUAGGUUUGACUAAGAGCGAAAUCAGAAGAAAAGAUAUAUUGAAAAGCUGAAAAAGAGGGAGACAAAUAUUUUACUAGCGAAAUCAAAUGUACUGCCCAAAUAUUAUACGAAAGAGUCUCAACCGGGUCAUUACCGGAACCCGAAUCAGCUUUAAUUGUAAGCCAAUUAGUUACCGCUACUAGUUACUCUCAACAUAUGGGCUUGGGCCACAGCUUUAAGAGCUGCUUGGACAAGGUUCGAUGUCACGCCCCGAACCUAGGCCUGGACGUAACACGGCACCCGGUGCCUGACUGCAUGUGACCGAGCGAACUAACUGACUGGCUGAAUCAACAUGUGAUACCAAAACAUAACUAAUUUAUAAAAUAAAACUAACACAUGCUGAUUAACUAAACGUUUGACUGAAAUAUCAUAAUGCGGAAAUACUUAGACAAUCUGAACGUAUCUGACAGUAGCCAACAUGGCUAAACCAAAACAACUGAACGACUGAGUAUAACUGUCUACAAGGCUAACAUAACAAAUAUCUGACUAUCUGAACUGUGUCUAUGAAGCCUCUAAUGAAUACAAAAAGGUAAUUGUUUAGAAAGUUGUGAGAACUGCAUGAGUGAUAUCGCCCCGAAGGAAACUGGGGCUCACCACAGUAGCUGAUACGAACACUCCUAAGUAGCUGGAUAGUCAACCUGUAUGUCAUUACCUACAUCGCGAGAUGCAGGCCCCCAAACUAUAAAAAGGGACAUCAAUACAUUUGAAUUAUACUGGUAUGUAAAGCAACUGAAGCAAUAAAAUACUGGAACUGAAACUGAACUAAACAGGAAAGCAAAAAGCUGAAGUACUCCCUGUUCUGGAUGAAGAAUCACCUGUAAAACUGUAAAUAUACUGUGGCCUAGGGCCUAAAUAAUGUGCACAAAAAACUGUGGCCUCAGGCCCAAGGAAUAUGUAUGCAUAAACUGUGGCCUAGGGCCCAAAAAUACAGAUACAAGUGUUCAACAUUAACAAUUUACAAGACUGAGACUGGCUAUAGCUGAUGGCAUGAUAACUGUUUCUGAUUAUGGGACUCAUGCAAAUAACUGGUUAUCCACUGAUUGAGACUCAUGUGAUAACAAUGCAUAAGUCUAUAAAGACUACGUGUUGAGUUCAUGAUGUUCAAAGUGACAACCAUGAACGA